CAGUCAACAACUUAAGAUACAUACAAAUAAUAAAUAAUUAACAACUUCAGAUAAAUAUUUAAUGAACAAGAGCUAGGGAUUGCACGUAUCUCACUUGUACCCACAUACACCAAGCUCCGCCAUCGGUGACACCCAUUCUGUGCGCUACCGAUGACGACAUCAAGAGUGUCGUCAUCAACAAUACCGAUGUGGACGCGAAAAGAGUUCAAUUCAUUCGUUAGUUGUAGAUCAACAAGCUGAAGGAAUCCAACAUGGCAGGAUGGGAACGCAAACAAACAGACACGGAUAAAGGAAUUGUGAUCCCAGAUAACUGGCCUGGGUACCCGCUGGAUCUUUUCACUUUUCCCGAGCAUUACUCUGAGGAUCUGGACUGUGUCUACAUCCCACAUGGAGUUAUCAUGGACAGGACAGAGAGACUGGCAAGAAAUAUCAUGGAAGAUCUUGGCGAUCAUGACAUUGUGGUGCUGUGUGUGCUGAAGGGAGGUUAUCAGUUCUGUGCUGACCUGGUGGACUGCAUCAAAGUCCUGUGCCGAAACUCCAACAAGACCCUUCCCAUGAGGGUGGACUUCAUACGUCUCAAGAGCUACCUGAAUGACCAGUCAACUCCAGAUCUUCACAUAGAAGGAGCAGAGAACCUGUCUGGGCUGAAUGGAAAGAACGUCCUGAUUGUGGAGGCUAUUGUGGACACUGGGAAGACCAUGAAGACUCUGCUGGAUCACGUUGAAGCCUUCAGGCCCAAAAUGAUAAAAGUAGCUGGGUUGCUGGUGAAAAGGGUUCCCAGUGGGACAGGCUAUCUGCCAGACUAUGUUGGAUUUGAGAUCUCCAAUCGUUUUGUGGUUGGCUAUGCCUUGGAUUACAAUGAAUAUUUCAGAGAUCUCAAUCACAUCUGUGUGAUCAGUGACAGAGGGAAACAGAAAUACAAGAUCUGAAGAUGAUGAUCUCAUUCUUGCAUGAGUAUCUGAAUGCUGACUCAGGGUGAUGGAAGGUGUCCAUGGAUCCUAUAUAAAAGGAUCCUUAAACAAUCCUCCACCUUGCCUUCGAUAUGGACCGGUUUAAUUGGCUAAGUUAGAAAUGGAGUACUGGGUUACAACUAACUGAAUACUGCACAACAUACCUAACAUAGUUCUUAUGCAUAAAAACUAGCAUACUGUGCACAGUAUACAUACUACUGUAUGUACUGCAGAGAUUGCAUACUAACAUACUACUCUUAGUAUUCUGUAUGUUAGUAUGGUAUUUAGUCAAUAAAGGGAUAGUUGAACAGAAGUCUUAUGGGUUUGGAACAACAUGUAGCAUAUGUUUUUCCAUUACUUUAACCAAUAAUUUAACCAAUUUCAACAUUAAGUUGUACAAGAUUUAAUUAGGAAAGAUUUAAAGGGUUAGUUCACCCAAAAAUGAAAAUUAUGUCAUUAAUGACUCACCCUCAUGUCGUUCCAAACCCGUAAGACCUCC